AUGUUGGCUCGAGAAUUCUGGUAUAUGUAUAAAUAUCUAUCUAUCUAUCUAUAUGAAAAUUCUGGGUUCAAUGAUUUAAUUCUUUAUUUUUCUUCCACCUUAUUUGUUGUAAACAUUCUUGAUUUCUUUUCUUUCUUAUUCGCUGUUAUAUUCUUUCAUUCUUUCAUUACUGUUUUCCUUUUCGAUUUUCUUCAUAUAACAUUCGCUCCUCUUUUUUCCUUCCCAUUUCUUUUUGAUUUUCCCUUAGUUUUCUUUUUUGUCCAUCUCACACUAUUGCUCCGUCCGUUAUUCAUCUUUCUUCGAUUUUAUUUCUUUUCAGAGCUGUUGGCUACAACUUGUAUUUUUCUUUAUUUAUCUAUCGCAAUAACCACCUUUCUCCUGUUUCUCCCUCGCUCUUUCCCCUUUCCCACUCUUCUAUCCUUUUAUAGUCUUUCGCUUCCUCUCCACCUCUCUCGUCCGUUUUGCACUUUGCCUAUCCCUAAGUACCUAUCUGACGUUUAUAGUUCAUCCCGGAUGCAGUUACUGUCUCGUAUCUCACACAUGGCGCUUGCCUCAGCCAUACACGACUUUUAUAGAUCCAUCGACUACCGUUAA